UCUUUGUUUAGGGAGAGAAAGCGAGAGCAAGUGCCGCCACUCUUUGUAAUUGUACCCAAGUUCACAGCAAGGGUACGCCGUCACGACCCGACGCGGGUUCGCCUUCCUCCUCUUCCUCUCUGUCUCCCUCUUCGUUGCCCUCUCAUUCUGCAGGUGAGCAUCCGACGCAGAGAAGAAGAAGGUGGAGGAAGGAGCAGCGGCGGCGGCUGCGGUGCAGUGCGGCGGCCAUUAGGCAAGAACAUGGCAGAGCAUCUUAACAUUGGCAUAUUAUUGGAUAUUGUUGAUGAAGAAUGGAUGAGGGACACCUUACCUGACGAUGAUGUUCCAUUACCUCCUGUUGUAGCUGCUAGAACUGAUGACACUGAAGAAACAAACCAGGAGAAUCAACCACUUGAUACUGAGUCAUGGCACGAUCUUGCAUUGGACUUUCAUCAAGGCAGCUAGACAACAUCAGGAAGUUGAUAGUCUGAUAUUGUAAAUAAGAUUGCUUGUCCUCGCUUGCAGUGCUUUGCAAAACAUAAUCUGUUCAAUUUGAAAUAUUGUCACAUUGUUGAUUGGUUUCGAUAUGUAGCUGAUUUGUGACAGUUAAUGAGAAUUUGCCAUCAAUUAUUCUUUUUUC